AGUUUGAGGAAGUUUGAGAUGCUUGAGUCACAGUUUAUUUGCGCUCGUCAAUAUCUGACUGUCAAAAUAGCCACUGCGCUUUAGAACAAUCGGACUAACGGGAAAAAUCUUCCGCUCGGGACCGGGACAAGCCACACUGCACAAUGGGAGCAUCCUCAUCCAGUCUGUUGGACGAGAGUAAAAUAAGCUACAUACGAGGCCGGACAGAGGCUGAGCUGAAGAACUUCAGUCCUCAUUACAGAAGGCAAAGCUGUGUUGCCUUCUUUUGCCAUCUGAAGGAUGAGGUGGAGCAGCACAGAGCAGGACAGGCCCAGCUCCUCAAACAGAAGGAGCCUCCGCAGGCUUCAGAAGUCCUGUACAAGGACAGCAUGCUUUACUUUGAUGACAACAGAAAGUGGAAAGAGAGAUUUGUCGUGGUCCGUGCUGACUAUAGCCUAGAGCUACAUGAUAGCCAGGAGUCGUAUACAAAGGGAACCCCUGCACGCCACAAACUCCUGCCAACAGGAGGCGCUGUAUUGACCUCAGAGGAAAAAUACACGGCUGUCGUAGACAAGGCCUUUCCCGACCUUAAUGGUUCUAAGGAAGAGCCCUCCGUUCCUGUGGUGGCGGUUCCCGGUCCUCUUCCUGUAUACCUGAGACUGCCUUACAGACGGGACUCGUUCUUCUGUUUCCAGCAGGAGGAGAAGCGGGCCCGCUUUGUCUCGAUCCUGAACGACUGCGUUCGUCAUCAGAACCAAGAUUAUCUGAAGAGUAUGACAUGUGAAGUGCAGGGUUUCCUGAAGGCUAUUCACUUCUACAGGCAGGAGAAGGGCCACUAUGAAUCAUGGGAUAUGCUGACGGGCCGUGACUGUGAGGUGCUGGCUAACCUGGUGAUGGAGGAGCUGCUGCCCUCACUGCAGACGGAGCUGCUGCCCAAGCUGAAAGGAAAGAAGGCAGAGAGGAAGAGGGUGUGGUUUGCGACAGUGGAAGCGACCUAUGAGCUUGUGCAUGAACAACUGCGAGAAGGAUUGGAGAGUUUGAAAAAUGAGUGCAGAGAUACCACCAAACAGCAGGAGGCGCUCAUCCGCUCAGACAUGGACCAGAUCAUCAACUCACAAACAUUCCUGGAAACUAAAUUGCAAGCUUUAGCAUCAGAGCCAGCCAUGAAAUACAGUUCAGAGAGCGUGGCCCCAUACCUGACCUCUAUCCUGGAGGAGCUGAUGGGUCCGGUCAGCACGGGCUUCCAGGCCGUGAGGCUGCUGUUGGAGGACGAGCUGACCCGAGUCUGCAAGGAUUUCCCUCAGGGGGGAGUCACAGAGGAACUUCAGAGCGCUCUGCAGCAGGCGGGUCGUGACCGGAUUGAGGACUGUUACCAGCACGUGAAUGUCCUGAAAGAACAGCUCCAGGAACUCCGAAACCGCUUCAAGUUCUCCAACUCGACUCGAGUAGUCCACUGCACCCAGAAUCAAAUGCAGCAGUUGAUGGAGAAUGCAGUGUACACUUUUGAGCUCCUGCUUCAGGCUGCCUUAAAGGAUAAACCUGACAAACAGGCCUCAGUCAUGGAGAAAGCCAAACUACGCGUCCUCAAGCAAUUUGACUAUGACAGCAGCACAGUAAGGAAGAAGAUAUUCCAGGACGCCCUGGUUGAGAUCACCCUGCCAGCCAUCAGGAGAAACCUGGCCCCCGGCUGCAAAACUGAGCUUCAGAAAUUCGAACAAUUCAUCUUUGCAGAUUACACGAACUUUGUUCAAGUGGAGAAUAUCUACGAGAACAUACUACUCAACCUUUUGAAUAAUGAAGUUAACAAAGUGGUGAAGGAGGCGGCCAGUCUGAAGAAGAACAACCUGUUUGCGGACAGUACUGACCUGCAGUGUGUUAGUCAAAGCAGCCUGGGUGACAGCCGCACACCGCCCCUCUCUGCCCCUUCCAGUCCACCCCAAGUGCUGGCCUUUAAACAGGCAGUGCAGAAGAUCUCCUCCCCAUCAGGAGGAGCUGUCAGUGAAGACACCCACCAGACACAUGAGACGUCAGUCAUUCCUACAGUGAAGAUUACAUUGUCUUCUCCAGAAGCUGUGGAACCUACAUCACCGUUAAAUGAUGCUGAAAGCCAGCCAGAUGUUCCACCGACAUUACCUAAUAAUUCAUCUCCCAUUCUAGAGGUCACAGAGACGGAUGUUUCCUCAACCAAACCCGAAACCAUCGUACGUGCAGAGGAUUCAUCUUCUCCGCAACCAGAGACACGUUCCAAAGUGAUGGAGGAUGAUGUUGCAUCUGUUAGUUCAGACCAAGCACCCGUUCCUCUCGCUGAUGCCUGUGAAACCCUAACUGUGGAGGCAGAUGAGGAGAGUAAAGAUGCAAGUACUCCACAGUCUGAAGUCAAAGAGGAAUGUGUCCAUACUGUCCAACCUGAUCCUAGACUGACGGCCAAUGCAGAAGUUCUCCCAGAUGUAUGUGUUGAAGGCACUGAUGUGGACGCCAGUGUUUCCGAUGAGCACAGUGUGGAUAACAAGGUGUGCGAGUCAGCGCCAUCUAGUGAUGAGAAUAGUAAUGAAACGCAAGACAGUCCUGCAGUGGAUGCUUCUCCUGCUCUUGACUCUGUUCCUGAUGGUCCGGGAGGGGGCGCUGUUGCUUUAACAUCAGAGCUGGAGAACCAUAGCGGCAUUGUGAACACAGAUUCACCGGAGGAGACUGCUGACAGUGUGGACGCUAUCAGAAAUCUCAUCAUGGAGGUCAUCGAGGUAGAGGACAUAAUAAGACCUUGUGAUGAAAACCAGCCUUAAAAAUGUUUGAAUGAAAAGUUAUCCAACUAUCCAAGUUAUACAACUAUUUAGCUCUGCUAAUAAAACCAACUACAGUGUUUCCAUAUCUAUUUUUUUUAUGAUUAAUCUAAAUAUUAACAUUUAAAGUGACUUUUUGUAAAAUACUUUGAGACAUAGUCAUGGGCCUAUGUAAACAGAAUUCAGUCUUUUUUAAACACUUUUAUCUUGUAUCAUGUUAACAAAAAACGGUGGGUGUUUGUACCUGCACAGUUUUUAUAUAAUGUUAAAUAAUUACAUUUAAUGUUGGAACUUUUUUUUUCUUUUUUUUUUAAACAAUGUAAGGCUAUUAAAAUUAAAUGACAAAAAAAGUAGAAACUACAUUUUUAGAUGGUACACAAAUGUUUUUAGUGGACUAAUUUAUUCGUGUGCUAUGCUGGCUUGUACAGACAUCUCAUUCUUUAUAUUAAAUAACAGGGGAUCAUGCUGAUCACUAAACAUUAAACAAUUAUUUUGUACCAUGCUGUAGUAGACUUUCUGAAAAUGAGACACAGUACCUUUGUACAUAUGAUUAUCACAGAGAGUCUGUUAAAUAAAUUUCCACAAAACAGA